AUGGCAGCAUCCUUCACUGUAACUGGACUUGCACUGGUACUUUUCCUCCCGACUGCCCAGCUACUGUCAGCUGAGCUGAAGUUUGCAGAUCAGACCAAUUUCAGAGUGUAUGAAACCAGUCAAACUGUUGUGCGUCUUGUUGUGGAGAGAGUGGGAGACCCCGUGAAUGUCACUGCGCUUGUGCUGCUGGAGGGUGAGGACACAGGGGACUUUGAGGCCACUACUGCUGCAGUGUUUCUUCUUACAACUGAGAAAAGAAAGACCAUCUUCAUUGCUGUCCGGGAUGAUGACUUACCCGAAGCUGAUGAAACGUUUGUCUUCAGCCUUAAAAUGCAGGCCUCAUCAAAUGGUGUUACUGUGGGGACUCCCAACCAGGCAACUAUCACCAUUCUGUCUAAUGACAAUGCCUUUGGAAUCAUCUCCUUCAACUCAACCUCGCUGAUGACCGUGAGUGAACUGCAGGGCAGCAACCAGAAUGUGCUUUUAUCUCUGAUCCGUGAGAGGGGCACCUAUGGGACAGUUACUGUGAUCUUUGAGAUAUCUGGUGGUCCAAAUCCUGCAAUUGAAGACCUAAGUCCAGACAGAGGCAACAUCACAUUCCUCCCUGGACAGGCUGAAGUGGUAUUCAGUAUUGUGAUACAAGAUGACAAGAUCCCAGAAGAUGAUGAAAUGUUCACGGUGCAGCUGACAGAAGUGCAAGGUGGAGCACUCUUAAAUCCUAACCGCAGCAGCAUAGACAUCCUUAUAUCCCGUAAUGAUGCGCCAAUCCGUAUGUCUCAGCCUUACCUGGCUGUACCAGAAAUUGAUGCUAUCAUCAACCUCACCGUCACCCGCGGACUUACUGACGAUGACCAACCCAUUGGCUCUGAUGAACGUGAGGUUUCCAUUGCUUACAUGGUUGUCAGUGGAAACAAUUCUACCAAUAUGGCCACUGCUGGUGUGGAUUUUGAGGAUCUCCAGUUGGAGCAAGUAGUAUUUUUCCCUGUUGGAGUCCACAAAGUACAGCUGCAUUUCAGGAUCAUUGAUGACGACGUGCCGGAAAUUGCAGAGUCCUUUCGUGUGAUCCUCUUGGAGACCACACUACUGGGGGAUGCUGUGCUGGUGGCGCCAAACUCUGCUCAUGUAGUCAUUGAGCCCAAUGAUAAACCCCAUGGGGUGCUGUCAGUCAGCACCAUGACAACAAGUGGUCCACUUAUUGUCAAUGAGGACCUCACCAUGAAAUUUGAAGAGAUUGUUGUCGUGAGAAAUGGUGGUACACAUGGAGAUAUCACAGUGAACUUUACCGUGACCAGGAAUGCGACAGAUGACUCAUCAGUGACAUAUGACCUGAGUCCUGCCUUUGGAGUUUUGAGUUUUGCUGCUGGUCAGAUGACGUCGGCCAUUUCCUUCAACAUUACUCAGGAUGACCUCCCAGAAGAAGCUGAGGUCUUUCUCCUCAGGCUGCUGCCUGACUCAGUGCAAGGUGGAGCUGAGGUGGAUGAACCAAUGGAGAUCAUCUUCUAUCUGCAGGACAGUGACGACGUAUACGGCCGCUUCAUGUUCCAUCCCAAUAAGAGCCAGCAGAUUCAGAGCGAGCCCAGUGGGCGCUUCCUGUCCCUCAGCUUCUUGCGUGAGGGAGGCUCAGUGGGGAGAGUGCAGCUGACCCUCAGCGUUCUCUACCAGCCCAAUCGGCCUGUCGACUCCCCUCUGAAUGGGGUGCUGAACAGCAGCAGUGUCACCAGUGUGCUGUUUGGGCCAGGGCAGCAUUUGGCGGACAUAAUAUUGCCCAUACGGAAUGAUGCCUUCUUGCAAAAUGGUGCCCACUUUCUCAUUCAGAUGAUAUCUGUGCAACUGGACAACAUACGACCUCCUGUGCCAUCGAUUAGUCCUCGUUUUGCUGGUGCUGUCAAUAUGAGCCUCAUCGUCACUCCAGAAAUUGCCAAUGGAGAGAUUGGGUUUACCAGUAACCUGACGGUGGUGUUACUGGAGCCAGAAGACAGCAACAGCAGUUUGGUGACCCUUUCACUCCGUCGGGACGGAACGGAUGGAAAGGCUGAGGUGUUCUGGAGUCUGCACCCAACUGGAGAAAAUGAUGUGGAUUUGACCCCAGAUGACCUUUCACCUUUCAGUGGCUCAGUCAUAUUCCAGACAGGGCAGAGUGAUGCGGAAAUUAAUAUCACCGUUCUGGCUGACGACAUCCCUGAGAUCAAUGAAACUGCUCUACUCACUUUAGACAGGGCAAAUACAAAGAACCAGAUUCUAAAGCCUGGCUAUACCACUCGUGAGAUUGUCAUAUUGGAGAAUGACGAUCCUGGAGGAGUCUUUGAGUUUUCAGCAAGCUCCAGAGGACCAUGGACUAUCAAUGAGGGCGAAACAGUAGAGCUAACUGUGGUACGUUCAUAUGGAGAACUGCUGAGGCAGCUUAUUCGCUUUACGUUGGCACCCUUGGGUACUGAAGAAUUCUAUGGUGCCACGGGGAUCCUAGAGUUCCAGCCAGGCGAGAGAGAAGUAAUGGUAGCAUUGGUGGCCAAGGAAGAUGGUGUGCCUGAGCUGGAUGAGUUGUUCUCUGUGGUACUAAGCAGCCACAGCACUCCUGCCAGUCAUCUUGGAAGCCACAGAGAGGUCAAUAUUACUGUUCGUCAAAAUGAAGAUCCUUUUGGGGUCAUAGAGUUUGGCCAACCUGGGUUGUCAUUCUUCAUCAAUGAAAGCAGUGACAUGAAUCCUUAUUCAGCCUCUUACCCUAUUGUUAGGAACAGAGGCACAUUUGGGAACGUGUCUGUUGCGUGGGUCAUUGAUCCUAGUACAUCAGAGGAUGUCAGACCAAUGCACGGAUAUAUUGAGUUUUCAGAGGGGGAAUAUGUUAAAAACCUCACACUCUUUUCUGCACCUGAUGAGGUUCCAGAGGACAUGGAAAACUUUACCAUUUCUCUCCUGCAUGCAACUGGUGGUGCGCGACUUGGAGAUAAUCGGAAUGCAACCUUACAAAUCUAUGAAAACGAUUACCCAAUUUACUUUGCAGAGCCUCUUGUUGUUAUAGUUGCAGAAGGAGAAACGGCUAAUUUCUCUCUUCUGAGGACAGGACCAGCUGAUAGCACUGCUACUGUAAUGUAUCAGUUUGCCUACGGUGGUGCUUCACCUGAUGAUGUCAUUCCUUUAAGCAACGACUCACUUGUUACAUUUGAUGUUGGAGAGCGGAUGAAAACCAUCUCCUUCAUGGCGGAGGAUGAUGAUAUUCCUGAAACUGAUGAACUCUUGUAUAUAAUUUUGUUUAAUGCAACAGGGGAUGCAGUGGUCUAUGAAAAGCACACCGGUACCAUUGUCAUCGAGGCGAAUGAUGACGCCAAUGGGAUCUUCUCCCUUGAUUCCUCUGAGAAGCCUGUAGAGGAGGGCAAAACAAACAACUUCUUUGUUUUGAGAGACAGGGGACACUUUGGCAAUGUUACCAUAUUCUGGCAACUCUUUGCAAAUGAUACCCCUCUCCAGCCUGGGGUGGAGUUCAGCAACACAUCAGGCUCUGUAGUGUUCACUACUGGGGAGGCCAUCAAGCCCAUCAUCUUAGAGGCGAUAUCUGAUAAACUCCCAGAGUUCAUUGAGUUUUAUGUUCUGGUGCUUGUAAACAUUUCAGGUGGAUACCCAGGGGAAGGUGGUCAGUUAGCCUCAGCAAACCUCAGUACGUCAGUCAUCAUACCAUUCAACGAUGACCCUUUCGGGGUGUUCUUUUUCUCCGAAGAGCACAUGGACCAAGCAGUUGCAGAAGACGUCGUGUCUGACGAUGACAAGUCAAACACCGUCUCCUUGACUGUCCUCAGGCAGCAGGGAACAUUCGGAGUGGUGUUCGUUGUAUGGGAAAUCCUGUCGGGAGAGUUCCCUAAUGGCUUGCCUCCUAUGAAGGACCUUCUUUUGUUGGCCUCUUUUCCACAGUCAGUGGAGGUCCAGCCUGGCAGAGCAGAUUAUGCCGGCACUGAUGCCUUGCUCUUCUCUGGUCUCCAAGGAGCCCAUGGUGCCAUUGACGCUAACGUUCCGUUAUUAAAUGGGCUCCACAGCCUUGUCAAUUUCAGCGUAUCCGUCUGGCUAAUGCCCCAAGACAAUACCAAUGGAUUUAUUUUCUCCAAAGGCGACAGCAAUGGGACCCUUUUUUAUGGAAUUAAAAUCCAUGUGGACGAGUCCUUUCUUAAUGUGAUGCUCUUCUACAUGGCAGUUGGGUCAAACACGACUCAAGUGGAGAGGGCCGCUAUGAACAGAGCUGUGGACGACGGCACAUGGAUCCAAAUUGUUAUCACAGUAGACGAUGGAAUUAUUCAGUUUUUUUUGGACGGAAGCCCAAUGCCAGAUGGAAUGAAAAGCCUUAAUGGGGAAGCAAUAAUUGAUGUGCCUUCACCCAUUCAUAUAGGCUCAAACCCAGUUGGGGAGGAGCGUUACCAGGGCCUGGUGCAAGACCUACGGCUAUACUCUUCCUCUCUGAAUUAUACUACUAUCCAAGAGCUCUAUGAUCAGCCAGCCAGACAUGACCUGCAAAUUGUGUCUGGUUACCUUGAAUACCAACAGGACGAGAGCGAGAAAACAAUAUUGGUGGAGGUGCUUGAUGACGAGGACACCGAGGGGGAAGAGUUGUUCUACUUGCAGCUGGUUAGUGUACGUGGAGGUGCUCGUCUUCCUACACCACUCCCCACCGCCAUCCUUCGGGUGCAGAAAAGUGACAACGCCAAUGGGCGGUUCGGAUUCUCUGGGACCUGUACGCCUGAGAUAUCAGAGGAGGGAUCUGUCAUCUCUUGUGUCAUUGAGCGGAUUUUCGGAACUCUGGAUUAUGUUUAUAUAAACUACACUGUGAUUCAGAUCGAUUCAACUGAUGAUGCCUCAGACUUUGCCAACUCAACUGGUGUAGUUGUUUUUCAACCUGGACAGCGUUCUGAGGUCCUGAACUUGCUGGUGUUGGAUGAUGACCUUCCAGAGUUUGAGGAGCGUUUCCAGGUUAUCCUGGUCUCUGCUGUCUCUGGAGACGGGCUGCCUGGCACGACCCCUACAAGUGGAGCAAGCAUUGACCCUGAAAAUGCCAUCAACGUGAUUACAAUCAAGUCCAGUGAUUAUCCAUAUGGGCUGAUGCAGUUCCAAACGGGCUUAUUACCGACUGGAAUGAUCUUACCAGCUCCCAAGGAUGCGCAUAUCACUGUGACAGAGGAGGAUGGUAUAGCCCAUGUAAUGGUGGCCAGAGCACAGGGCUUAACAGGAGAAGUUAUGGUCGGAUACCGCACUGUUCCUUUCACGGCCAUCAGUCCAGGGGAUUACAAGGAUGUUAACGGAACACUAGUAUUCAAACAAGGAGAGAGGUAUAAGCACAUAAAUGUCACCAUCAUUGACAAUGAAGUGCCUGAGCUCGAGAAGGUGUUCAGAGUGGAGCUCCACAGUCCAGUUGGUGGAGCCAGCCUUGGUGCUGCCUCAACCCUCACUGUGACGAUUGCUGCUUCGGAUGAUGCUCAUGGAGUAUUUCAAUUCAGUGCCAAUUCACUGUCAGUUGAUGCCACAGAACCAGAGCAGAGCCACAGCACGGUGACCAUGCAGGUGGUGCGUUCCUUUGGUGCGCUGUCUGAUGUGACAGUGUUCUGGGAGGUAGAGCCGUCUGCAAAGCCAGAGCUGUUGCACAUCGCUGGGAACUUGACCUUCGGUGUUGGUCAAAUGGUGUCAGACAUUGUUUUACAGGUCUCGCAAGAUGAUAUCCCUGAACUAGAUAAGACCUUCAAAGUGAUCCUGUCGAACGUCUCCCACGGACGCUUGGGGGAGAGUUCGGUCGCGUCCCUGACCAUAUUGGCAAGUGAUGACCCCUAUGGGCUCUUUGUGUUCUCUGAGGACAACCGUCCAGUGCGGAUAUCUGAGGCCAACGCUACGGUCACCCUCACCAUACAGCGCCAAAAAGGCCUCAUUGGGACGGUGAGGGUGAACUACCAAACUCUAAAAGAGACAGAUGACGCUCCGUUCCACACACCAGGAGUGGGCCGAGCCACUGAAGGCAGUGACUUCAUUCCCAUUAGGUCAUCAGUGACAUUUGCAUCCAAUCACAGUGAGGCGAAUGUUACCUUGCAGGUUCUAGAUGAUGAGACGCCAGAAAGGGGGGAAUCGAUCUUCGUGGAGCUGGUCAGCGUCCUUCUCAUAGAGGGAGCACAAGAUCGAACAAUUUCUCCUAGUCUGGGAUCAAGAAUUGACACUGUUGCUCAAGUUAUAAUAGAGCCCAGUGAUGAUGCAUUUGGGAUGCUGCAGCUGUCUGUUUCUUCAGUGAUGGUGAAGGAAUAUUAUACCGGACCCAUUAUCAACGUGACUCGUGUUGGGGGAAUUUUCGCGGAUGUGUCUGUGAAGUUCAUAGCAGUGCCAAUAACUGCCACAUUUGGUGAAGACUUCAGCAUUGCCUCGUCUGAUGUGGUCCUCCUGGAGGGGGAGACCAGUAAGCCCGUGCCGAUCCUGAUCAUAAACGACGUGGUGCCUGAGUUGGAAGAGACUUUCCGCAUUCAGUUGCUCAACCAGACAACAGGGGGCGCUCAACUGGGUGACCUGACCCAAGCAAUUAUCACAAUUCUGCCAUCUGAUGACCCCUUUGGGUCUUUUGUGUUUCAGGCAGAUGACAUUACCAUUGAAGAGCCUGAAUUUAGUCCAGUUGAGAUCUCGUUGCCUAUUGUGCGAAAAGCUGGGACAAUGGGUGAAGUGACCGUGCAGUGGCAGGCUACGGUCAACUCACAAGAAGCUGUAGGUGACCUCUUACCUUCCUCUGGAGGAAUAAGCUUUGCUGCAGGCGAAACAAAGAAAAUAUUAAAAGUUCAAGUCCUUCCAGAUGAUGUUCCAGAGAUCACAGAGAUAAUCAGGUUGAAACUCAUCGGUGCCACUAACGGAGGGAGCAUUGGAGUACAGAGUGUUGCCAAUAUUAUCAUCCCGGCCAAUGACCACCCCUAUGGAACUGAUAUCCACUUUGAUCAGUCCGUCUACCGUGUGUGGGAACCCUUACAAGGAGCCUAUAUUGCUAACAUCACUGUGCGGAGAAAUGGUGGUCAUUUUGGUCGUCUGGAGAUCCUGUACAGCACAUCAGAACUUGACGUGGUGAGCAUCGCUCGGAUGGAGGGACAUGACAUUUUGAUGUAUUAUGAUCCUCCUGUCAGAGGGGCUUAUUUCAGUGCCACCCCCGUAUCAGUCAGUCUCAACUCCUCUCCAAACCCCCUCAGCACCUGUGCUGAAGUGUGCCUGCUGGAGCAGACGUGUAUAGCUUUCUCCCUCACCAACACCACCACCGGUUCCAUCUCCUGUGUGUGGGUGAAUGGCAACACAGGGACACUAACUCCUGACCGCCAAACCAUCACCUACGUCAAAAACACAACGUCUGUCACGUCGCUCUUGAGUUCCCAGGCCCUCGCUGGAGCUGACUACACUCCUGUAAUUGACCAGGCAGCCGUUAUGGCCGAUGGCUCCGGAGAAGCGAACCUUACGGUGGCAAUCCUCACCGACUCAUUAGCGGAGAUGGACGAAAGCUUUAGCAUACAUAUCCUCAGCGUCAGCCUUGUCAAUAUGACAGUGGAAGAGAAGAACCUACCGACUGUGGGUCAGCCAGAUUCAGCCCUGGUGACCAUCAACAUGAAUGGGGACGCGUUUGGAGUAUUCGUGCUGUACAUCCUCCACCCGGAGGCGACGGACGACCGCCUGUACCUGGAGGUCAAUGAGGGGCCGCAGACGUCGGUCCUCCUGGUCAUCGAGAGGACGGGUGGGGCUUUGGGCAGAGUGACGGUGGAGUGGAAACAUGUCGGCGGAAGUGCAAGCCCCGAUCUGGACUUCACCGGAACUGGUGAAACGCUCGCAUUUGCAGAUGGUGAUGUGGAGAAGACCCUGAGAAUCCUCAUCGCCGAUGACGACGAGCCGGAAGGAAAUGAAACCCUGGUCAUUGGCCUGGUCAGAACAGAGGGAGGCAGUCGCAUCAUGCCUGGCUCCGAUUCCAUCACCAUACUCAUCCUGGCCAAUGAUCAUGCUGCUGGAAUUGUGGGAUUCAGUGACGCCUCCAGAUCAGUCACCACGCGGAAAGGUCAAAGGCUGACUCUACUUGUGGACAGGACAGCUCCUGGAAUUGGCAAUGUUACUGUUGACUGGACAAUCCUUGGUGCCGAUGUCUCUCUAACCUUCACUGAAGCUUCAGGACAACUCUUCUUCCCUGAAGGCAUACUGAGCAACACAAUUGUUCUACAACUGUUUGAUGAUAUUAUUCAAGAAGAGAGGGAAGUUUAUAGAAUGAUUCUCUCCAACAUUUUAACUGAAGGGGUGGUGUCCAGUGGAAGAGCUAUUCUGUCCCCAGGAGGCAGUGAAGCAGUAGUGAGCGUGGAGGCGGAUGAUGCGCCUGAGCCUGUCAUCACGGUGUUGACCAUCCCGCCCUCUUCUCUACGGGUGACCACGCCUGAGGAGGACGUUAGUCUUCACGUUUUCAUCCAACGGGAGUCGGGGGACUCAGGAGCUGUGCAGAUCAGCUAUGCCACUAUGCCUGGCUCCUUGACAGACCUACCUGAUACGGCUUUGGCCCAGCCUGGAGAGGACUUCCAGCCCCUCAAUGGUUCCAUCGUACUUCCAGACGGCCAGACAUCAAUAUCCAUUCCCAUAACAAUUAUAGAUGAUGACAUACCUGAAAUACAGGAAGUAUUCCUACUUAAGAUAACGUCCGCUGUGCUCCUAACCUCACUUAUCAAUCUAGACGUUGACGGUCUUGUGGCAGAAAUCAUCAUUGAAGCUAAUGAUGGGAUCCAAGGUGUUAUGAACUGGCAGACUAUCAGUUUUGAAGUGAAUGAGACAGUGGGACUGCUAACACUCGUGGCCCAUAGAGAUGUGGGAGUCUAUGGGAAUGUGUCUGUAUCCUACUAUACCCAGAACCUAGAAGCCCAGUUGGGACAGGAUUUCAACACCACUCCUUCAGUCUUACACUUUGCCCAUGGAGAGAGAUUUAAGUUCAUAGAGAUUGAAAUUUUAGAUGAUUCUCUCCCAGAGGGGGAUGAACAGUUCCUGGUGAUACUAGCCAACCCCUCUCCUGGUUUGGAGCUGGGUGCCAAUAUUACAGCGACAGUGACUAUCUUGACCAGUGACGAUGGCCAUGGGGUAAUAUCUUUCAACAACAGUGAGCACUUUUUACUAAAGGAGCCCACGUUUAAGGCUGGGAUCAGCGAGAGUGUGGCUGUGCUUUAUAUAUUCCGAAACCCACCAGAAGGGACUUUUGGCACAGUCAGUGUUCAGUUUUCGGUCACUGACAACAAUGGUUCACUUAACACCAAUGACGUAAUGCCCUCAGAGGGAGUUGUGGUGCUGGAGGAUGGAGUCAGAUUUCAGGUCCUAGAGAUUUGGGCAGUUCUAGAUGAAGAACCAGAGAUGAAUGAGACAUUCACUGUAACGCUGUUUAAUCCAACGGGUGGUGCAAGACUCGGGGAAUAUGUGCAGGUCUCCAUCACAGUGUUGGAGAAUAAAGCUCCCCUCAGCCUUUUUAGAAUAUCAACAUCUGACAGUGGGCAAGUGAUUCUCAUGGAGGUGGAAGAGGGAGAUACGCUGUAUCUCACAGUCUCCUGCAGUGGCAGUGUAGACACCAUCAUGAGCGUGGAAUGGGAGACAACACCCGACUCUGCUGUCGCCAUGUUGGGUCCACAUGCUCACUUGGCUGAAUAUCAACUGAUCAGCCAUGAGACCUCCUCAGACUGGUGUUUCUUCUCCAAUGGAGAUGAUGUUCUGGCUCUACAUACAAGCCAGACCCAGGCAACUCUGUAUCGCUGGGUGGGCGUCCUCGUGCCAAUAGAGUCUGUCAUAAUACAGGGUCCAAGUAGAUGUGUGGGAUUCACUGUAGAUGGUGCAUCAUAUGUGGCCAUUUCCCAUGGAAAUGACACUCACUCUCCCAGUAUUAACAUCUUCAGACUGCAAUCUGAUUUCAAUUUAACUCUGGAGCAAACAUUUGCUGCUGGGUCUCUUGAAAUGGAGUAUUUUUCAUGGGACCUGCAGGCAUAUUUGAUCGUAUCAAAUCAGGUAUUCAUGGAGACUGCAGGUUCUUUCUCCCUACACCACCUACUGGAACUCCCCGAUGUGUCUGGCCUGUCUGUCUUCCUCCGCAAUACUGCAUUGUAUCUCGUUGCGUGCUCGAGCUCAGCUUCUAGCUGCUUCCUUUUCAUAUGGGUUGAAGGACGCUUCCAGGACCCUACGCCGCUAAAUGUUGCCGUUACUGCAAAGCAAGUGGAAGUCUUGACUGUAGGGGGAGAUACUAUUCUCCUGCUAAGCACUGAAGACCCAGCUCCUACGUGUGAGGUACAUGUAUGGGGAUCCAAUCAUGACGUCUUCCAGCACGCUCAGACAAUAUCUCUGUCUGACCUGGUCUCCAUGCAAGCAUUCACAACCCCUUCUGGGAGUGCUUACUUGGCUCUGGCUGCCGCCUCUGGCUCUCAGCUGUACUCCUGGAGACCUGAUCUUGCACAGUUUGUCAAAACUCUCAGCAGCUCCCCAGCAGAGCAGUUCUUCUUCUUGUCUGCCCCCUCUCUGAAUGCCACCAAGAGCCUUGUCAUCGCCACCAGCCAAUCAUACUCCACCAUCUAUGACCUGAUAUAUGUGUCCAACCAAUCAGACUUCAUACCCAGGUUUGGAGAGCUACAGUUCCACCCUGGUGUCCAGCAGCUGGAAAUUGCUGUAAAUAUAAUUGAUGAUGACCUCCCAGAAGACAUGGAACACUUCAACAUCAAACUGAAGAACCCAAAAGGAGGAGCAGAGAUUGGAUUUGGUGGUCAAGUGGCUGUUAGCAUCUCUUCCAAUGAUGACGCCCAUGGUAUCAUUGGUUUCGCACAGGACUCUCUCUUCAGAGAGGUAGAGGAACUGGAGGAGGAUACUCCCCUAAUUCUGAAUGUGGAGAGAAAUAGAGGGACAUUUGGAAGCCUGGUUGUGCACUGGAAAGUUAAUGGAAGUCUGGACGACAUCUCCCCUACCUCUGGCAUGUUGACAUUUUCAGAGAACCAAGCUCUGGCUGACAUUGUUCUUAGCGUGCUUGCUGACAACCUCCCUGAACCUGCAGAGAAAGUUGUCAUCAUUCUCACAGACGUUACCACUGUGGGCUUAGCUGAUGUGUCCAGAGGCGCAUACAUAGAUCUUCAACGCUCUAUAGCAGAGAUCAACAUUCUACCCGUUGUCUACUCCUAUGGGGUGAUUGGCUGGCAUUUGGAUUUUAUGCACAUACUUAUACAAGAACCUCAAGAACCCAUAAAUGUGACCCUGGGCAUUGUACGGGACCAAGGCUCAAAGGGGGAUGUGAUUGUCCACUACAACACCGUUCCUGCCUUCACUCAGCUGCCAACCAAUCAAGCCAGUGGAAAUGAGGAUUAUGUGCCUAAGAAAGACACCAUCAUUAUGAGAGAUGGUGAAACCAAUGUUUGGGUGACCAUCACCAUUCUACCAGAUGAAAUUCCAGAGCUAAACGAAACUGUGCUUGUGAACAUCACAAGCGUUGAACUUGUGGCCGGGACUGUGACUGCUGGGCAACCCAGCAUUAGUAGGCCGGGCCUAGAAGUGGCAGAGAUUAUCAUCCAAGAGAACGACGACCCACAAGGUGUCUUGGAGUUCAAUGUCACAAAGGAUGACACUGGGCAUGUGAUGGCCUAUGAAAUCCCUCCUCCUGGAAAUGUCCUUUACCUACCAGUUGUGCGGCGGGCAGGGAGGUUUGGCACAGUAGUCACCUACUGGGAAGUUGUACCUGCCUCUGCUGACUUUGAGGAUUUCAGUCCUGCUUCGGGGAACAUAACGUUUUAUGAUAAUCAGGGUGAAGGCAUUAUCAUAAUAACCAUCACGGAUGAUGAUGCAGUUGAGUCUAUGGAGACGUUUGAGGUUGUUUUGAGCCUUGUGAUUGGUGGAGCCAGACUCGGGAAGGAGUCAUCAGUGGCAGUCAGCAUUGCUCCCAAUGAUUCACCUCUGGGAAGCUUUGGUUUUGAGGCACUCAUGGUUAUGGUCUCUGAGCCACAGUUCAGCGAUGACCCGGCAGCUGUGGCUACUCUGACAGUCGUGCGCAGUCCCUCGGGGGAAGGGACAGUUCAUCUCGCAUGGUUUCUGGAAGAGGAAGGAUGGGAAGACUUGACUCCUCAUAAUGGCACGAUCACAUUCAAUGAGAUUGAGUCAAGAAAGACUCUGACACUUCAUGCUGUGGCUGAUACUAUUCUUGAGGGGGAGGAGAGAUUCUCUGUUCAACUUCUGGCCAUUACUGAUGAAGUCAUGGUUGAUCCAACAAUGGGUGUGGCCACAGUGGUAAUUCAAGCAGACCUUGGGGCCUUAGGAAUUGUUGGCAUAUCAGAAUCCUCAAAGAACGUACUUAUUGGAGAACCAAAAGGAAAGUACAAUGGCACAGCUGUGAUAAGUCUGGUGAGAGGCCCAGGAGCGUUUGGGGAUAUCGAGCUCUUCUGGAACAUCACUCCAGCUGCGGCGUCUGAGUUUGAGCACACGUCUGGGACAGUCUCAAUGAGGGACCAGCAGUCCGCUGCAACCAUCCUGCUGAGGGUACUUGAUGAUGCCAUUCCUGAGGUGCGCCGCUCCUACCAGCUCAUAGUCAGCGCUCUCAGCCCCGGGUCAGUGGUCAGCCCUGAUGAGCGGGUGGCCAACAUCACCAUGGCAGCCAGUGACCUGCCCCAUGGAGUCUUCUCCUUCUCCCACAGCUCCCUACGCGUUACUGAAAACACCAAUAAGGUGAAUGUGACUGUGGUGCGUUCGGCAGGCUCUUUGGGGAGUGUGAUGUUGAAUUUCGUCACCUUCAAUGGCGCUGCUGACGGUGGUCAGGACUUCGCUCCACUGUCAGGGCAGCUGCUGUUUGGGCCGGGUGAGACAUCACGAGAGCUAAUCAUGGAGAUCUUAGAUGAUGACGUUCCAGAAGGGCCUGAGGAUUUCUACAUCAACAUCACUGAGGUGGCAGUGGUGAAUGGCAGUAACCUGGACUUCACUGUGAGAGAAAAUGGCCUCCAGCUUGAUCAACCUCCCGCCAUAGGAAAUAUCUCCUCUAUAAUGGUUAUCAUUCUGAAAAACGACAAUGCAGAGGGCAUCAUUGAAUUUGACUCUGCAUAUGUGAACCUCACGGUUGAAGAGGAAGUGGGUGUUAUGUCCAUUCCUGUCCUAAGGAGAGUGGGCUUAUAUGGUCUGGUUAAAGUGAACGUAACAUCCAACAGUCUGACCGCAACGCCUGAGCUAGACUUCAUUAUCUUGCAUGACUCACUCACCUUCAUCCAUGGCCAGACCCUAAGUCAUGUCAACGUUUCCAUCGUGGAUGACUUGGAUCGGGAGGACAGUGAAGUCUUUGAAAUCCACCUCUCUGGUGCUAUAGGAGGCGCUAUCUUGGGCAGCUACUUUAUUGCACAGAUUACCAUUAGCAAAAGUGAUUCCCCCAGUGGUAAAGUGCACUUCCUGAAUGACAGUGAGAUUGUCAUGGACAACCCUGAUGCUACCAAAAGGAUUACCUUGGCUCUGGAGAGAGUUGGGGGUUUGGUUGGAAACGCCACAAUUGCCUGGGAAAUUCUUGGCCCCAAUUCUCAGGAGGCGUUACCAUCCAACAAUUCAGACUUUGGUGAACCAGUAAAUGGAGAGUUUUAUUUUGGAGACGGGGAUGGAGAGCUGCGGUUCAUCUCAUUGGAAGUCUUGCCUCACGGGGAAGUUGAGGUGGAGGAAAUGUUUGUGGUUGUACUCCGCCUACUUGAAGGGGACAUGGACAUUGAUUCGAAAGCUAACAGCGUCAGAAUUGUGAUUAAGAAAUUUGGUGAUCCCAACGGCAUAGUGCAGUUUUCAGAGCCUGAUCUCCCAGAGCGGGUGUAUAAUGAGCCCACAGACAGUGAGGGACCACUCACCAUCUCCCUGGGCCUCACCCGUAGGGAGGGCGUUAUGGGCGAUGUCACGGUAUUCUGGAAAAUUGUCAGCAACUUUGAUGCAAGCACCGACUUCUCCGCUUUGAGUGGUAGCGUCUCGAUGCUGGCAGGCCAGCGCGUGGCAGAGGUGCUGCUGACCCUGCUGCCCGACGACGUCCCCGAGCUGGAGGAACUGUACACCGUCCAGCUCACCGCUGUGGAGGGUGGAGCCGAACUGGACGCCAACCGUAGUGUCGUCCACCUCAGAGUAAAUGCCAACGAUGAACCCUAUGGAGUGUUUGCCGUCUAUUCUGAGCAUCAGCAGAUUGUAGUGAAGAACCAGACAGAUGGACAUGAAAGGCACAUUGUCCUGAAUGUGACGAGGCACAGAGGUACUUUUGGAAAUGUUAGUGUGGAAUACGAGGUAAGAUAUACCGCUGCAGAGGAUGGGGCAAAGGUGCAGGGAAGCAUUGUGGUGAUGGAUGGACACGACUCUUCGAGUACGACUGUGCCCAUUAACGUUCAGGUGUUCCUUGGUGUUGGCUCAAACCUUACCAUUGAGCUAACAGACGUUCAUCUGAUUGGCCUUUUGCUUACCUCUCCGCCCCGUAUCUUACUGGAGUCAAAAAUGGCCACUGUAACAGUUCCAGAGCAAGCAGCUAAUGCUGAGGUUGGGUUCCAAUCACUGGCUCUCAAGGUCCCCAACACUGAGACUGGUCUUUGUGAAGUUGUUGUUGCUAGGCAAGGGCUCUAUGGGGAUGUAACGCUGGAGUGGAGCGCUGGGUAUCCCACCGGGCAAAGCCCAUCUGGAUUCCAACAAGGUCUCAUUCAACCAAGUUCAGGAAGUCUCCUGCUGGCUCAUGGAGAGAAGAAUAAGGUAUUCUCUGUCACUGUGCUAGACAGCACUUCAACAGACUCGCUUGCAUAUGCAGUGCAUUUAACUGGUGCCUCCUCUGAUGCACCAGGGGGAGCCACACUCAGGAAUGGAUUCACUUUGGCUGAAAUUGAACCCAUGGGUAUAUUCCAGUUUGCCUCAGGCUCACGGGAGAUUGUAACCACAGAGGACGUCCAAACUAUCACUCUGUACGUACGGCGUCUUUUCGGCGUUCGCAGCAAGCUAUCUCAGGUCUCCUUUGAAACAGUGGCGGGCACUGCUCAAGCAGAGCAAGACUUUGUCCCCAUCUCUAUGGGCAGACUACUGUUCCAAGCGCAGCAGUCAUCCGCCAUGAUAAACAUCUCCGUUAUCGAUGAUGUGCUGACAGAGCCCAGUGAGACGUUUUACGUCCACCUGACGGAAGCAAUAGAACUGGACGAAACAACCCCAGUGUUUUUGGUGGAUACAGGCCCAAGGGUGGACCGACGGAAUGCUAGAGUAAACAUUACCAUUUUGGACAACGACGCGGUGGGCGAAACUGCUGGACUGCUCAGUAUUGACCCGCCGCUGCUGCGCGUUACAGAGGACUGGACGGGCAGUCAGGGCGAAGAGCAGCAAGUCGUCCUGUCGGUGCAGAGAAGAGAAGGACUUAAAGGAACGAUAAGUGUAAAAGUGAGGGCGUAUGCUGUAGGCAGUGCUGUGGCUCAAUCCUUUUUCACCUCUGAGCAGAAUCACACUUUGGCUCAGGAGGGACAGGAUUUUGAGCUGGAGACGGUCUUGGUGUCCCUAGUGGAGGGGCAGAGUGAGGCCGAAGUGAGUAUUCGGAUUCUCGAUGACGCAGAGCCAGAGGGUCAGGAAGUGUUUUUCAUCUACCUCAGUGAGCCAGAGGGAGGGGCUGAGCUGGUGAGUGGGGUCCACCAGGAUGGCCUUACCUCGUUCUCCAAAAUCAUCAUUCUGGGAAGUGAUCUUCAUAAUGGCAUUCUGGGAUUUAUGCUAAGUUCUCAGUUUGGCCGUGUUCUAGAUGAGGACUCAGAGAAUAGAACUACUGUGCUUUUGCUCCAUCGGCAGGAAAAUCGGGCCUUUGAGGACGUGUUGGUAUUCUGGCGGGUGACAUUAAGCAUAAGCGGCUUGUCCCUUGUCAGCAAUGGGGUCAAUCUGACCAACGAGUUGUUGCAGACCUCAGGCAGAGCUCUCUGCAAACAAGGAGAGGUCCUUUGUUCAAUAACCCUGGAAGUUAGAGCAGAUGAGGACCCAGAAGACCAAACCUGGUUCCUUGUGGAGAUAUAUGAGGUGGGGGAGGGAGCGGCCAUCAACCAGAGUGCCCGGUUUGCCAACGUCACCAUGCUGAGGAGCGAUGACCCGCAGGGCCUUGUGUAUUUUCCUCUGGGCUCUCGGCUGCCAGUUGCUCACCUCAAGUCUGUACAACUGAGUCUUCAGGUCCAUAGAGACACUGCUGCGGAGUCUGUCACUGUUCACUACCACACAGAGAUGCUGCAGAACGCAGAAGUGGUGGGACCCACGCUCAUCUGGGCUGCAGUGGCAGGACAGGACUUUAUUUCAACAGAGGGGACACUAACCUUUACAGUGGGCCAGAAAACUGCCAGCCUUCAGCUGACACUGACCCCUAACCAGGCCUCCUCCCAACCCACCCCAAAGCGCUUCAGGGUGAUACUGUCUGAAGGGUCAGGUGCCAGAGUUCACCCACGGUACGGGGUGUCCAACGUGACAAUAGUGUCAGACGAGGAGACUCAGUCAAUAUGGGCACUGCUGGACCCUCUAACUCAACCACUCAGUCAGAAUCUCAUUGAUGCUACCCUGCAGAGCCUCAACAACUGGGUGACCACUGGUGAAGUCAGCCUUGAACAGCUAACUGCAGUAAUGGCUGCACUAGACAAGAUUUUGUCUGAGGCGGAACAGAGUCCUCUUGAAGACAGCAGUCGGGGCUUGACCUAUGAACUCCUGUGCUCUCUAGCCCACCCAAGCCGCAGGGACACUCGGGGCAUGAGCCAACUGGCCGAGGUGGCUGAGCGCUUUGCCUUCUCCCUGGUGACAGACGUGGCCUGUGGCUCAGAGGGCCAGAGAGGAAGGACGCUUCUGGACAGCUGUCCAUACUUCACGCUGGCAGCUCACCACUGGUACCCCACGCAGAUUAAUGGGCACACUUUCACGGGCCGAGACAUGGACACCUUCACUAUCCCAGAGACACUCCUCCAGGUGCCAGCCCUUCCUCUGAGUAACUUGGCUCUGUCAGCCUGCCGUAAAGUGCAGUUCACGGAAUACAGCACUGAGCACUGGUUCAUCACAAACUCCAAAGUCAGUGCGUUGAAUGACAAGGUAUUUUCAGUUAGUCUGGCUGGACGUACUUCUCAGCCUCUUGCUGAUGGAAUUGAAGUAUUAUACCGCAUCCACACUCCAGAUCAGGUCAAACCACGCAACUCAAUUUGCCUCCUGUGGAAUGAGCAAGCCGAGAGCUGGCUAUCAGAUGAGAAGGUCUGCCGUGUUGUGGAUGACCGUGAGAAUUUUGUGGAGUGUGCUUGCUCCCACCUGUCAGUCUACACAGCAUAUGCUGAUAAAGCCGCCAUCAUUUCCUACAACGCAGCAUUUUACGCUAGUGGGUUCAUAUGCAUCUCUGGCUUUUCUUUGGCCAUUCUGUCACAUGUAUUGUGCUCCAGGUUCCCCAUGUUUGCUGUUAAACUCCUCACACACAUGAUGGUUGCCUGCCUUGGCACUCAGAUUUGUUUCCUCGUGUCAGUAUUCCGAGGGCAGAUGUUCGCUGAGGACAGCUGUGCUACCCUGGGCCUGUUCUCUCACUACUUCCAUCUCAGCCAGUUCAGCUGGAUGCUUAUACAGGCAAUUAAUUUCUGGCAGACCCUUGUGAUGAACGAUGAACACACAGACAGACGUUAUCUUCUGUUCAUCCUCCUGAGCUGGGGACUUCCGGCACUGGUCAUCAUCAUACUGGUCAUUGUGCUUCUGGGAGGAUACGGUUGGAGUAUCCAUGAGGUGUACGGCCUUGUUAAUGGACAUCUGUGUUUCAUCCCUAACGUAUAUGCUGCACUCUGCUCUGCUGCCUUGGUUCCUCUCAUCUGUCUGGUGGGCGUGCUGGUGGUCUUUGCCCACGCCUAUCAGGUCACUCAGCAGUGGAAGGCCUAUGAUGACAUUUACAGAGGCCGCACCAACAGCUCAGAGAUUCCUAUGGUCCUCUACCUGUUUGCACUGGUCUCUGUGGUGUGGCUGUGGGCAGGACUGCACAUGGCUUACAGACAUCUCUGGAUGCAGAUUCUUUAUAUCAUCUUUAACAUCUUGCUGGGUCUGUAUGUGUUUGCAGUUUAUUUCAUGCUCCACAACCAGCUGUGUUGGCCCACUAAAGCCAGCUACACAGUAGAAAUGAACGGCCACCACAGGACCACCUCCAUUUACUCCGGCACCGGUGCAGUUACAGUGGCCAGUGAGAUCAGCAAAUCCACCCAGAACCUCAUCAGUGCCAUGGAGGAGCUAUCUGCUGACUGGGAGCAGGCAUCCCUGAGGCGUGGCAGUCAUCCUGGCACUACGUACCCAUCGGGGUUGCCAAGCCAGCCAUACCAGGGAGAUCAAGAACUACUUAAUGCCCUCACGGCUGAUGAGGAGUCACAGGACUUUGAUGACCUUAUAUUUGCCUUGAAGACGGGCUCUGGUCUUAACAUCAAUGAUGAUGAAUCCCUCCAAGGGAGCCAUGACGAUACCGCCACUGAGUCCCAAAUCGUUGAGCUGCGACGUAUUCCAAUAGCAGACACACACCUUUAACCUUCUUGCUUAUACAUUUUUUAAAUCUAUAUUUACAAAGUACUGAAAAGAAGUGACAUUUUGAUCAUU